AAUUUUUAGAAUUUACAACUCAAAUUACAUAUAAUAAUCAUAAAUACAUAAAUAAAAAUAAUCCUUCAAACUCUCACUUAUUAAAUAUAAAUGUAAAUGGAUUAGUUACUUACCUAUUUUGCUGGAAACAUUUAAAUUGUCUGCAAUUAACAUGAAUAAUCAACCGAAAUAAGUAGCUGCUAAGACUCUCAAGACAUUAUGGAUGAGGCUCAAAUUGUCAGCUUAAAUAAAAAAAAUGUAAUCAGAAAUCUUAUCAGAGCUUUCUUAUAAUAUUUGUUUGGAAAGAACUAAAAAGUGAGUAUUUUAUAACAGUACUUUCCUAACAGCAGCGACUAUGACACAAAGUGCUAAAUAAAAAGAUACUUUGCUAAGAAGAAAUACAAUCACCUAGUCUUGAAAUAGCUCUAUAAACAUUAGAUUUAUGGACAAAUGUUUAAAUAAUUCCUAUUGACUGAAGCUCAUAACUAUCUUCAACGUUCAUAAAUUAAAGAAAAAGAAAACCACGUGAUAUUUAUAAAUUAUAUGAUUAAAUGCUAUGAAGAUGAAAGACUUCUUGAAAAGCUAGAAACUUAUUCUAAAGCCAAGAAAAUAUGA